GCGCGGCCGCCCCGCAUUUAAAGGGGCCGCGCCGCGGAAGGGGCGGUGCGAUGUCCUGCCGGGCCCCGGAGCAGUACCGGCGCUACUACGCCGUCAGCGACCCGCGCAGCCACCCCAAGGGCCACACCGAGUACAAAGUCACGGCCAAGUUUGUGUCCAAGGCGAACCCCGAAGACGUCAAGGAGAUCGUGGUGUGGAAGCGGUACAGCGACUUCAAGAAGCUGCAUGGCGACCUGGGCUACAUCCACCGGAACCUCUUCCGGCGCCUGGAGGACUUCCCGGCUUUCCCCAAGGCCCAGGUCUUCGGCCGUUUCGACCCCCAGGUGAUCGAGGAACGGCGCCAGGCGGCCGAGAACAUGCUCCGCUUCACCGUGCAGAUCCCUGCCCUGAACAACAGCCCUCAACUCAAGGAAUUCUUCCGGGGUGGAGAGGGCAAGAGCCCCCCCGAGAAUUCCGGCCUGCCCUCCCUGCCUCCCCCACUGAUCCCGGUGCCACCGGAAGGCAUUGAGGCCGGCGAGGAUGCUCUGGGGUCCCUCGUGGAGCAGGGACUCUUGCAGGCGAAGCAGGACCCGAGCAGAGGCGCGGAGGCCCUGAGUCCAGAGCGACACCUGGAGCCCAAAAGCGGGGAGAGAGCCGGGGCCGCCUCACCCAAGCAGCUCGACGAGGACGAGGCGCUGGACGUGCUGUUUGCCUUUGUGGGAGAAGAGGAGGAUGCCCGGGAGCCCGGGGCACCACCCUGCUGCCUCUCCGUGCAGGAGCUGGCGCUGUUCGACCCCUUCUCCAAGGAAGCCGCAGGUGCAGCGAACGCCUCGCACGGGGACGAGCUGGCCGCUCUUGGUGCCGCAGGAUCCGGCCCGGCACCCUCUGCUCCCCCGGAGGACGGGACGGCUGCCUCGGACCCCGGGGGGUACCUGCCCCCGGCCGUGGAGCGCAUCCGGCAGGCCAUGGCGAGCGAAGCGGCCGGGAACCACAAGCAGGCUUUUGACGGCUACCGCGGUGGCGUUGACCUGCUGCUCCAGGGGCUCCAAGGGGACCCGGAUCCGGCCCGCCGGGAGGCCGUGAAGAAGAAGACGGCCGAGUACCUGCAGAGGGCAGAGGACAUCUUCCGGCAACAUCUGACAGGCCGGCAGUCCCCAGCCGGCCACGGCACCAGCCCGCCCUGAGUGGCGCAGCUGCCCUCCUCUCUGCGCCGGGGUCCUUUCCCGGCUCUUCCCCCCCGCGUGGUCGGGCAUUCAGUCCGCCCUGUAAAAUACAUGUUUGUAAACCUUC